UGGCGGACAAAAGUUGAAAAUUUGUUUUUAAAAAUGAAGUGUUGUUUUCGUUUAAAAAUGGGGUCCUAAAUCAUGCUGCACGAGCUUCUUGUAGCUUUAUCUGGCAUAAGCGGCAGUAUAUUUGUAGACAAGAAAGAACAAGGUUUCCAGGUUGUCAGCGACUUGCCAUUCCUUCACCCGAGCGAAACUGAAGUAUUGAAUCAUUUAUGCAAACUUGGCUCAUAUUACCAGCGUUUUCAAACAUUCAUACAAUGCUAUAGUAUUCUGUUGCCUGGAAGGGACAAAGAUGAGGCCGAAAACUCAGAAAGAGUUUGUGGACUGUAUUUACAAGCUUUGUGCACGGGACUGGACCAAGUCUUAGAGCCUUAUCGUAAAACACUUUUAGCCUUGGAACAAGAGAUAUUGAGUGAUGAUAAUAUUCCAUUGACAAGAUUACAGCACAGAUUGGAGGAGUAUCAACUGUUGUUCCCUGCUUUGGCCAAUUCACUUGAAGAAAUUGAAGCAAAAAAGUCCAAGGGAUGUGCUAUAUUGAAUAUAUUGCAUUCUCAAUGUUCAAAUGGAAUCCCGGUUGUGAAGGAUGCAUUUGAAAGGAUGUUGCAUGUAUGUCAUGCUGUGAUGUACAAGCAGCUCAGUGGAUGGUUACUGCAUGGUCUUCUGUUGGAUUAUUACAAUGAAUUUUUCAUCAUGGUAAAAUCAACCGUCAAUGGCGAUGCUCAAACAAAUGCUGAAAAAUCUGACACUGAAAAUGAAAAGGCCAUGUCUGAAGAGAAACAAGCUCAAGAGCAGAAACCAGCUGCUCAAAAAAUUCCUGAAAAUCACUUCAGUUUGAACGCAGAAAUGCUUCCUUCGUACAUCUCAACAAGUGUAGCCGAAAAGAUUCUUUUCGUCGGAGAAUCUGUGAAAAUGCUAGAAAGUGCCUUGUCAAAGUCAGCUGAUAAUCGACGGGACGCGGUCAUGAAAGAGAACGAGCUUGAAUUUGGUCGAUCCUUGCACAAGUUGCAACAGGAACCAAUCUUUCAUUUGCCGUCUUUUGAGAAAGAAAUCGACAGAAUUAAAUCGCGUAUCGCUGAGCAUCUCUGGUAUCUUGUUGUUGAGGAGGGUGAGUUACUGAAACACUUGAAGUUGCUGAAGGACUUUUAUCUUUUGGGACGCGGAGAAAUAUUUCGUUCCUUGAUCGACAAAUCUAAAGAUUUGUUGAAAGUUCCUCCGACGGAAAAUACUGGUCAAAAUAUCAAAGUUAUUUUUGAUGAAAUUAUGCGCAAGUUACUCCCAGACGAGGAAGAAAACACAGCUUAUUUUUCGCUUUCUGUUGACGUGUCAAAAAAUAAACAAAAGAAGGAAGAAGGAUGUCUCGUCACUGGGUGGCAAUCACUGAAACUACACUACGAUGUACAAUGGCCGUUACAUGUGGUUCUUACCCCGACUUUCCUCGAGAAGUUCAACAGUCUGUUUCGCUUUCUUGUGAACGUACGGCGCACACAGAUGGAAUUGCAAAACGUUUGGACAAUGUUCAAAGGAUCCAGAGCCGCUCAGAAAGGGAUUUCCAAGGACAUUUGGUUGCUACGAAUGGAAAUGAUGUUUCUGGUCGAUAAUCUACAAUAUUACUUACAGGUCGACGUUCUCGAAGCACAAUACUCAAACCUGUUAGAGCGGAUCAACAGCACCAGAGACUUUGAGACAUUACGACUUGCUCACGACCAGUUUAUCACAACUCUCCAUGCACAGGCCUUCCUUCUCAUGAGACAGGUGUCUCAUUGUUUGAAUGAAAUCAUGGAAUUAUGCCUUUCAUUUUGUGCGCUGUUGUCUCACUCGCAGUCGAUUCUUUCAGAAAGGGAACUCGCCCAAGUGCGAAGCAUUAAAAAGAGUUAUUCUCGGCAGUCUUCGCUGUUGCUCAAAUUGUUUUCCGGUGUAAGAAGUCACCAAGCCAGUCCUCAUUUGGCGCAGUUUCUGUUACGCAUUGACUUUAAUAAGUAUUUUUCAACCUCGCAAACUGGACCACAGAAAUCAUAAUAUACUUCGAGUAAAACCAUUAACCAGUGUACAACAGAUUUGAUGCUAAGAGGUCUGAGUACGAUUGUUGAAAGCCUCAACCAAUCUCCCAAUCCUAGGUCUGUAAUUGCGAGGCAAAGGAUUUGAGAUUGAGUCCAGUCUUGUAAACAUAUGCUCUAUUAGAUAUUAGUAUAAACUGACUAAUAGGCUAUCACUUUUCCUGCGUUCUGAUUGGCUACGCUACUGGUAGGCUAUUAGUGAUAGCCUACUAGUAGCAAAAUUCAAAACAAUGGCGGAAAAUUCGCGUUUCGCCGAAGUAUCUGAAGAUUUUUUGGACGACUUGUUGGACAAUUCCGUACCAGAAAAAACAAAAAAAGCAACAAAAUACGGAAUUGCAAUUUUUAAGGGUAAGAAAAUACAUAAAAAUAACG